AUGUCUUUAAUUACCUCGUUGUCAAUGAUCUGGCUCCUGGGCUUCUUUAAGGCGUCCACGGCUGCUGUCAGCAACACUCGCCAAACUCAAGUGGUACCCGACACAUAUGAUUACAUCAUUGUAGGAGGCGGGCUCAGCGGAUUGCCCGCAACAAGUAUACCCUAUUUCGCCAACAUCAAUGUCAACAACUACUAUCCGAUCACAUCUGCUCCAGAGCCUUUCAUGCAUAAUAAGACUUGGAUGGUACACGUGGGCAACGUUGUGGGUGGAGGCUCCGUGGUGAACGGUAUGCAAUGGGACAGAGGUUCCGAUGCAGACUACGAUGCUUGGGAGCAGCUUGGAAACCCAGGCUGGGGCUAUGAAGGUCUCGCCAAAUACUUCAAGAAGUCGACACAUUUUGAUGGCCCGUCGGAAGCGGUCCAGAAGCACUUCAACAUGACCUUUGAUGCUACUGCAUAUGGCAAUGGCCCCGUAAAAGUGUCGAUACCGAACUAUCAGUAUGAAGACUACGUCGACAUCAUGGGCUCGUUUGUUUCCAGGAUAGAUAUACCGCAUUCAUCAGAGGGAUUCAGUCGCCCGAAAGGCACGUUUUGGACACCAAACUCCAUCGACAACUCCACUAAGCAGCGGAGCCAUUCUCGACGCGCAUACUUUGAUCCAGUAAAAACACGGAGAAACUUGCAUUUGAUGACUAACACCCACGUCGACGAGAUUCUGUUCGAACAUGGCGACGAGGUCGUGACAAAGGGUGUGAGGUAUACUUCUCGUACCGAAUCCACAACGAGACCUGUAUACGCAGCUAAAGAGGUCAUACUUGCAGCGGGCAGCGUGUUCACACCGCACCUUUUAAUGCUCUCUGGUAUCGGCCCACGCGAUCAACUCAGCGCUUCGAACAUCACUGUGAGAAAAGACUUGCCAGCUGUCGGCUCGAAUUUUCAAGACCAUCAAGCGCUUUACAUGCGCUUCAAUCUCUCGAAUCAGGCCAUUCCCAACCCUGAUAUGCUGGUUACCUACCCUGAUCCUGAAUUUAACGCCACAGCUGCAGAACUUUACACGACCAACCGUACUGGGCCAUGGACCUUUGGUAGGGGUAGUGCCGCUCUAUUCUUGCCUUUCAGGGACUUUUCCAGCGGCUACGCAAAUAUAACUGCGCUCAUAUCCGAGCAGGAUGCGACUGCCUACCUACCCGAGCGCUAUGCGAAGACGGAAGCGCUACUUAAAGGCUUCCUUGCCCAGCGGAAGAUACUUAAACCGCUCUCGCGUGGUACACUAACGCUGAAUAUGACAAACCCCUCGGCAAAUCCCGUCGUAGUGCGAAACGCGUUCCAGAACCCUGUCGACAAGAUGGUGUUGGGCGAACUCGUACGCUGGAACAGGCUGCAUUGGACCAAGGCACCCCCUCUUCAGCGGUACUCCCCUGUAGAGACGGUUCCAGGUUCUCAAUACCAGACGAACGAUGAAAUCUUUGAUGCUAGCAUCAAGGCCGGUGCACUCGAUCCUACAUAUACGCAUUCAAGCGGGGCAUGCGCGCUUAUGCCAGAAGAGCUCGGAGGGUGCGUCGAUCCACAAUUGAGGGUUCAUGGAGUAAAGCGAUUGCGCGUAGUGGAUGCAAGCAUCUUGCCGUUGAUCCCAGCACCUCACUUGCAGGCGACCAUGUACGCCGUGGCAGAGAAGGCUGCAGACAUCAUCAAGACCUCGUGA